UGUAAAAGCAAAACUCCUUAAAUCAAAAAAAGAAUUCUUUCACUCUCCUUCACUUCAUCGAUCCCAUCAUCAUCAAGGCAUUAACUUGAGCUUCCAUUCUCUUCAAUCUCAAAGGUUCCUUCAUCUCUCUUCAAUCUCAAAUCUUUCUCUUAACCCUUCAUCAACAAAAAAAAAAGGAAAAAAAACUGACUUUUUUAUUCUCUAUACAACAAUCUCAGUAGAGAUGCAAGGGUUUUCCGAUGGCGGCGCCGGCGCCGAUUUGGCUCUGCUUCAAUCAACUAUGCAUACCAUCGAAGUUGCCUGCUCUUCGAUUCAGAUGCAUAUAAAUCCAACGGCAGCGGAAGCAACGAUAUUGUCAUUAUCACAGUCACCUCAACCGUACAAGGCUUGCCAAUAUAUCCUCGAAAAUUCUCAGGUGGCAAAUGCAAGGUUUCAGGCUGCUGCAGCUAUUCAAGAUGCAGCUAUCAGAGAAUGGGGUUUUCUUUCCAUUGAAGACAGGAGAAGUUUGAUUAGUUUCUGUCUGUGCUUUGUUAUGCAGCAUGCUAGUUUGCUAGAGGGCUAUGUCCAAGCUAAGGUAUCUUCUGUGGCUGCUCAAUUGAUGAAAAGGGGCUGGCUUGAUUUCACAGCUGCUGAGAAGGAGGCAUUUUUUUAUCAGGUUAAUCAGGCCAUUCUUGGUGCUCAUGGAGUGGAUGUGCAAUUCAUCGGAGUACAUUUCUUGGAAUCUUUGGUUUCUGAAUUUUCACCUUCAACUUCAAGUGCCAUGGGUCUUCCCAGGGAAUUUCAUGAGCAGUGUCGGACAUCAUUAGAGCUAAACUAUUUGAAGACAUUCUACUGUUGGGCACGAGAUGCUGCUUUAAGUGUCACAAACAAAAUAAUUGAAUCUGAUGCUGCGAUACCUGAGGUUAAAGUUUGUACUGCUGCACUAUGUCUCAUGCUUCUAAUUCUGAACUGGGAGUUUCGGCAUGAUGCAAAUAGCAUGAAAGCUGGUAUCAAUGUUUUCUCAGCUGGAGUUAGACAUGACAAUGCUUCAUCUAAGAGGUCUGAAUGUGUCUUAGUGCAGCCUGGGCCUGCGUGGUGUGAUGCUUUGAUCUCAAAUGGCCAUGUCGGGUGGCUGCUUGGCUUAUAUGCAGCGCUUAGACAGAAGUUUUCUCGUGAAGGUUACUGGCUUGACUGCCCUAUUGCUGUCUCUGCUCGAAAGCUAAUUGUACAAUUCUGCUCUUUGACAGGAACCAUAUUUCCUUCUGAUAAUGGGAAGAUGCAAGAGAAUCAUUUGCUACAGCUGCUAUCUGGUAUAUUACAGUGGAUCGAUCCUCCUGGUGCUGUGUCAAAAGCUAUUGAAGAGGGAAAAAGUGAGAGUGAGAUGCUUGAUGGUUGCCGUGCAUUAUUAUCUAUUGCAACUGUAACAACUCCUUUUGUGUUUGACCAACUCUUGAAAUCCAUAAGGCCCUUUGGUACUCUUACCUUGCUGUCCACCUUGAUGUGUGAAGUUGUUAAAGUCCUUAUGACUAAUAACACUGAUGAGGAGACCUGGAGCUGGGAGGCUCGAGAUAUCUUGUUAGAUACAUGGACUAUUCUGCUUGUGCCUAUGGAUGGUAAUGGUGGAGAUGCAUUGCUUCCUCCUGAAGGGAAACAUGCUGCAGCAAAUCUCUUUUCCAUGAUAGUGGAGUCUGAGCUAAAAGUGGCUUCUGCUUCAGUUGCAAAUGAUGAUGUUGAUUCUGACUAUCUUCAGGCUUCUAUUUCUGCUAUGGACGAAAGAUUAAGUUCAUAUGCUCUCAUUGCAAGAGCAGCAGUUGAUGUCACAAUUCCUUUGCUCACUGGACUGUUUUCUGAGUGUGUUGCACAACUUCAUCAGGGCAGGGGCAUUAUGGACCCUACUGAAACUUUAGAGGAGCUUUACUCACUAUUGUUAAUAACUGGGCAUGUACUUGCUGAUGAGGGGGACGGAGAAACGCCUUUGGUGCCAACUGCCAUUCAAACUCAUUUUGCGGACAUUGUAGAAGCAGAAAACCAUCCUGUUGUUAUUCUUUCUGGUUCAAUUAUAAGGUUUGCCGAGCAGAGCAUGGAUCAAGAAAUGCGAGUAACAGUUUUCAGUCCUCGGCUUAUGGAGGCUGUCAUAUGGUUUCUUGCAAGAUGGUCUCAUACAUACUUAAUGCCUCUUGAAGAAGCUAACUGCCAUCUAAGUCAUGAUUAUGAGCACCAGCGUCAGUCAAUACACUCCAGAAAAGCUUUAUUAAGUUUUUUUGGAGAACAUAAUCAGGGACAAAUUGUUCUCAACAUUAUUGUUCACAUAUCCAUGAUGACAUUGAUGUCAUACCCAGGGGAGAAGGAUUUGCAGGGUCUCACUUGUCACCAUCUUCUUCACACGCUAGUUCGCCGGAAAAAUAUUUGUCAUCGGCUUGUUUCAAUGGAUUCAUGGCGUGACCUAGCAAAUGCUUUUACUAAUGAGAAAAGUUUUUUCUUGUUGAGUUCUGCCAAUCAGCGUUCACUGGCUCAGACCCUUGUUCUCUCAGCUUCUGGACUGAGAAAUUCAGAGGCCUCUAAUCGAUAUGUAAGGGGUCUCAUGGUUCAUAUGACAACAUAUCUGGUGGAACUGUCUAACAAAAAUGAUCUCAAAAGUGUUUCCCAACAACCGGAUAUCAUCAUGUCGGUUAGUUGCUUGUUGGAGAGGCUUCGUGGAGCUGCCAGUGCUGCAGAACCUAGAACACAAAGAUCAAUUUAUGAGAUGGGUAUCUCUGUAAUGAACCCUGUUCUAAUUCUUCUUGAAGUUUACAAGCAUGAGUCUGCAGUUGUAUACCUGCUACUUAAAUUUAUUGUUGACUGGGUGGAUGGACAAAUAUCCUACCUAGAGGCUCAAGAAACUGCUUCCGUGAUUGAUUUCUGCAUGCGUUUGCUUCAGCUUUACUCAUCUCAAAAUAUUGGAAAGAUAUCAGUUAGUCUUUCAAGCACUUUACUUAGUGAAGCAAAGACCGAGAAGUAUAAAGAUCUGCGUGCUCUUCUUCAACUUCUUUCAAGUCUUUGUUCAAAAGAUCUGGUUGAUUUCUCAUCAGAUUCCAUUGAAGUUGCAGGCACAAAUAUAUCUCAGGUUGUUUACUUCGGUCUUCACAUAGUCACUCCUUUGAUAUCUUUGGAGCUGCUGAAAUACCCCAAGCUCUGUCAUGAUUACUUCUCGCUUCUGUCACACAUUUUGGAGGUUUACCCUGAAACACUUGCACAGCUAAAUAGUGAAGCAUUUGCUCAUAUUCUAGGAACUCUUGACUUUGGUCUUCACCAUCAGGAUGCAGAAGUAGUUAACAUGUGCCUGGGAGCUCUGAGAGCUCUGGCUUCAUACCACUAUAGGGAGAUGUGUGCAGGUAAAACAGGAUUGGGUUCACAUGCUGCAGGACAAGGAAAUUUACCUGAAGGAAUUUUCAGCCGGUUUCUACGUUCAUUAUUGCAAUUGCUCCUUUUUGAAGAUUACAGUCCUGAUCUGGUUGGUGCUGCAGCAGAUGCUCUCCUUCCGUUGAUCCUUUGUGAGCAAGGCCUAUACCAGAGAUUAGGCAAUGAGUUAAUUGAGAGGCAGGCGAAUUCAACACUAAAAUCAAGACUGGCAAAUGCAUUGCAUUCUCUAACAAGUUCAAAUCAUCUCUCUUCAACUCUAGACCGUGUGAAUUACCAGAGAUUUAGGAAGAAUCUAAACAGCUUUUUGAUUGAAGUUCGUGGAUUUUUGCGAACAAUGUGAUAUCUUAUAUAAUGGUGCAGAAAAUUUUGUCAUCCCAUUCUUGGUAUGGUUAAAAGUGGAAAGAAAUUGGAAUCAAAGAGAUUUCCCUAUUUUGGGAUUCUGUUAAUGCUUGUGAAUAUUCUAUAGAACUAUGUGAAUGUUCAUUUGUGCAGAACAGCAUGGCUGAAACUGGAGUAUUUGCCGAAUUUACAAGAUGAGAAAUGGUCGGUUUGCUUUCUCUGGUCUUUUCGCCUCAUUAACUUCCUCAUGAUGGCUCCUACUGGCACAUGGAAGCACUAUUUGUUGUUGUCUCGCAAUACAUCCCCAAAGACGAGUUGUUUGCAGCUCUCACAUUCGGGCAUCGGCUGUUUUGUUCCGAAUUCAUUCUGUAAUUGGUUUUUCGUGUAAGGGUUACAGUGCAAAAGCUUGCAUACAAAGUAUAUUUAUCGAUGCUUAAUAGAAGAACGAUCCAGUUCACUCUCUCCUACAGGCCACUACCAAUUUUGCCAUUUGGUUUCACGACAAGACGUCAGAGUGUUUUACGAUUUCUUGAGAAAGGAGAAAAACAACACUAGUGUCAGCAUAUGAUAUAUCCCUAGUCUUACCAGUAUAAAGUGGAAUUGGUUCCAGUUUUUGAGAUCAGAAAGUUGAGUAGUUUAGUGCUUCUGGUUGGAUGAAGAGACAAAUUAAUGUAGCUGCAU